AUGGUAAACCGUAGAAUAUUUGUGGUAUGCAUAAUAUCGAGCCUGUUGAGAUCUGCUGCCAAGGAGUGUAUUCCGCAAGAAAGGAAUUCGUUUGUUGCGUUUCAGGCUAGUACCGGAGUUGAGGUUUGCACAUUCCGGUUGAUUGUGAAAAAUGUUUCUUCAUCCCUUGAUAAAGAGGUCCUUCCCAAGUUGGAAGCUGAAACUAUGGGCAAUAAAAUUUUGGAGAAAGAUCUUAUGGGAUUGCAUCUUAUUUUGGAUGAAGCUGUUUUUGCUAUAGAAUCUUCUAAUAUGCUUGUUCAACUGCCUUUUUCUUCUUUUUCUUCCUUGUUUUGCAGAAAGAAGGUAGCUGAUGCAUUGAUGAAUACUAUAUCUUCACUAAACAAAUUUGAGCAGGGUGUGAAGGACUGCCUGGAAGUUUGAUUACUUUAUUUGCUUAUUUAAUCUCAGAAUCAAAGUAAAAGUUUCAGGUGUAUACUGUGCUUGAAGAUCUUAUUUAUUUUUGUGAUGUUCUCUU